ACUUGAUUAUCAUACACAAGGAAGUGCACAACCCUGUUUGGUGAGUAGUGUAUGUGUGUGCCUGUAUAAAAGUGGCAGAGCACAAGAUUUGUCCACAUACCAGCUGCCAACAUGAAAGUCCUGCUUCUCACACUCCUGCUGCUGCUGUGCAGCACUCAAGUGCUCACGCUCAGAUGCUACACCUGUGAUGGUGACAACGACCACAUCUGUAAGAUAGAGACAGAUUGUCCAACAUCAGCUCAGUACUGCCAGACCAUUGAGUCAGGUGGUGAAAUUGUCUCUCGAACAUGUGAGGAUAUCUGUGCUGAGGACAUGUUCACAUCAUGUUGCGAGAAUGACCUUUGCGAGAACUGAGGCGUCACUCAACAUUCACUUUUGCUUUUUGUUUAAUCAGUAGAUAAAAAAUGUAAUCAUGACUUUGAUUCAUCUUUUUUUAAAUGAAACCUAGAAAUGCUGAAUUGUUUAUGCCGUCCUUUUUUCGUCAUCUCACAGCAAUGAUUUUUUUUUUUUUUUUUUUUUUUUUAGUGAAGAAUUGCUGAAAGCAGGGCAGGCCCACACACACACACACACACACACACACACAGACACACACACACACACACACACACGUACACACACUUAAUCCCUUCCUGAUGUCACUUAGUGGGUCACUGCAACAGCCCACUGCAAUGUGGGUUGCUGUCUGUUUCAUGUAAAAUCAUCUGGUUCAAAAAUUUUGUAAUACGAAUAAAUCUUUUCAUUGAUCUCA